AUGGCCCGGGCCGAGCGGCUGCGGGUGAGCGCCGGGACCCGGCCCGGCCCGGCUGAGGGGACCCGGGGCUGGGGGGCGGAGGGGCCGGGAGGCUCCGGGGAGUUCCGGCGGGACGGGGGCUCCGGGCGGGCGGGGGGCCCGCAUCCAUCGCCCCGCCGCUCCGUGUCCCAGAACAAGCUCGUGGAGCGCUGCGAGCGGCUCCAGCUGCAGAGCGCGGCCAUCGCCCGGCACGUGGACGAGGUGCUGCCUGCCAAAGACCAGGGCGUCCUGAGCGCGGCCAGCGCGGCGCGGGAGCUGGUGAUCCAGAGGCUGCUCCUCGUGGGGAAGGCCUGUGAGAACGAGGAGCAGCGGCUGCUGGAGAGGGUGCACGCCGAGGAGGAGCGGGCGCACCAGAGCAUCCUCACCCAGCAGGUGCACUGGACAGAGGCCCUGCACAAGCUGGAUGCCCUCCGCACCUACCUGGUGGACAUGAUCACCAAGCUGGAUGACCAGGGCCUGCUGCAAGCAGAACAAGAAAUCUUCGAGAGGACGGAGGUAGCGGAGGGAAUCCUGGAGCCACAGGAGUCCCUGAAGUUAAACUUUAAUCAGACCUGUGUUCAGAGUCCACUGCUGCAUCGACUGUGGGCCUGUGCUGUGCUCUGCUGCCUCACAGGCUCACAGGAGGUUCACAUCGAUGAGAAAACCCUGAGCCCCCACCUCAGCCUGUCAGAAGACAAGAGAACCCUGACCUUCAGCCCCAAGAAAGCAAAGGUGGACUCGGACUGCCCCGAGCGGUUUGACCACUGGCCCAACGCUUUGGCCACUGCACCUUUCCACUCGGGGGUCUGUGCCUGGAAGGUCAGCGUGGAGCAGAGCUGUGCCUACAAGCUGGGGGUUUGCUACAGCUCCGUGCCCAGGAAGGGCUCUGCCAACGAAGGCCGCCUGGGCUUCAACACUGCCUCCUGGGUGUUCUCACGCUAUGACAAGGAAUUCCGGUUCCUGCACGCGGGGCAGCCCCAGCCCGUGGAGCUGAUUAAGGCCCCGGCAGAGAUUGGGGUCCUGCUGGACUUUGCUGGGGGGGAGCUGCUGUUCUACGACCCCGACUCCUGUGCCAUCCUCUUCUCCCACCGCCAGGCCUUCCUGGAGCCCGUCUACCCUGUCUUUGCCGUGGCACACCAGAGCAUCUCGCUGGUCCUGUGAGCGGGGUGUGGCCGUGUGUGACUGUGUGUGCUCUGGCAGUACCGGGGGGAACGAGCCCGGGCAGGGCUGUGGGCUGUGUCCAGGGGCCUUCAGACAACACCUGCCUUCACACUACACCUGUUCCUCUGUGUUUUCUGCAGCUUUCCUCUCGUCCCGGAGCCUGCACCCUGUGCUGGGGUGAGGGGUCUGGGAAUGCCUGGCUGGGCCAGCUGCUCCUAGGUGAAUUGUUUCAUUUCUGCCCCACCAAAGGCAGCUUUCCAGUCAGCUGAUGGGCUGGAGAAGAGAGGAGAAAUAGUGAGAGAUACGUAUGGAGAAAUGGCAGGGAGGAGGCCCGUGGAAAGGGACAUACGGUGCUCUACAGCUCCUUGACAGGAGGGUGGAGCCGAGGGGAUCAGGCUCUGCUCACAAGCAGCAGUGAAAGGACAAGAGGAAACAGCUUCAAGUUGUGCCAGAAGAGGUUUAGGUUGGAUAGUGGAGAAAAUUUCUCUGGCACAGCUGCCCAAGACAGUGAUGGAGUCACCAUCCCUGGAGGGGUUUAAAAGGCAUUGUGGAUGUGGCACUUGAGGACAUGGUUUAAUGGUAGCCUAGGCCUAGGGUUGGGAGAGCAGUUGGACUUGAUCCUAAAGGUCUUUUCCAGCCUAAAUGAUUCUGUGAUUCCCUGACUGGGACACAGCUGGAGAUGCUUUUGGGAGGAGCUACCCCACUGCAGAGCAGGGACAGUGCAGGGGGCUCUUCCCUGUAGGGGAAUAGUGCUGGGGACAGGGGCACUGCUGAGGGGCUGUGGCCAUGUCCAAGCACAGGAACAAGCAAAGAGCAGCAGAAAGAAACCAAAACUGAGUGUCCCAAGGAAGUGGGGUUUGAGUAUAAUGGUGCAAACACAGGGAGCUGAUGGGAGCAGGCAGGGAGGAAGGAGAGGUGUAGGCCUGGAGUUCGGCCACAGAGAGGGGUUUUAAGUCAUCUUUAAAGAGUCAUAUUUAUUUCUCACUACCUGAGUCAGUAAAGUUUGUUAAUUGGCAAUUCAUGAAGUGAAGUUGCCCAGCUCCAGACCAUUUUCCCCACAGCAGGAGACCUGCAGGCACCUCCUGCCUGCCUCCUGCUCUUGGGAAGGGGGGGAUGUUGGUGAGGUGGCAAAGCUGGGGCACUGAGGGUGCAGGGCCUGGGCAGGGAUGUCCUGAGUGCUCUGUGUGGGCAAACCUUCCCUGGAACAAGGCCAGCACUUGCACUGGGAGAUGCCUGAGCCUGUCCCCAGGGGGACUGAGAAGGGAAUAACCUCAAUAUCUACCUCCAUCUCCUGCCAGAAUGAGCCUCUGAAGUGACCCAGUCCCAGCCCUUUUAGGGGAAGAUACCACAGCUGACCCUCUUUAGUGUUUUUAGAGCCAUGAAACACAUCUGCUCCACUGCUGGGCAUAAGAAAUA